GAGAUCAGCUGUGCUUCUCUGGUCUCAGCUCUGAAGUCCAACCCCUCCCAUCUGAGAGAGCUGGACCUGAGUGAAAACUACCUGCAGGAUUCAGGAGUGAAGCUGCUGUGUGGUUUUCUGGAGAGUCCACACUGCAGACUGGAGGCUCUGAGAUUGUGGAGAUGCAAUUUAUCAGAGAUCAGCUGUGCUUCUCUGGCCUCAGCUCUGAAGUCCAACCCCUCCCAUCUGAGACAGCUGGAGCUGAGAGAAAAAAACCUGCAGGAUUCAGGAGUGAAGCUGCUGUGUGGUUUUCUGGAGAGUCCACACUGCAGACUGGAGACUCUGAGAUUGAAGGGCUGCAGGUUGUCAGAGAUCAGCUGUGCUUCUCUGGCCUCAGCUCUGAAGUCCAACCCCUCCCAUCUGACACUGCUGGACCUGGGUGACAACAAGCUGCAGGAUUCAGGAGUGAAGCUGCUGUGUGGUUUUCUGGAGAGUCCACACUGCAGACUGGAGACUCUGAGAUUGAGGGGCUGCAGUUUGUCAGAGAUCAGCUGUGCUUCUCUGGCCUCAGCUCUGAAGUCCAACCCCUCCCAUCUGAGAGAGCUGGUGCUAAAUAACAACAACCUGCAGGAUUCAGGAGUGAAGCUGCUGUCUGAUCUGAAGAAGAGUCCACAGUGCAGACUGGAGACUCUGAGGUGGAGAACUACAGUUAAUCUUUACAUUAUAUUCCUGAUUCAUUUUUGAAGUUCAUGUGAAAAAGCAGCAUCCAGCCUGCAUGCAUAAAGUUCCCUCUCUGAAGUUCUGCUUCUUACCACCAACACCAGACUUUUCUCUCAGUUUAACAGAUAAUAGUUUGUAACACAGAAACAAGAAGAUAAAACCUGUGGAAAGUUUGGAUUUAACGGAAGCUUCACUGAGGUAAACUGAGACACCAUUCUGAACACCUGAACAUUUUAAUAAAUUGUUUAUUUUAGUUUUUCUUGACAUGAAAGUAACACACAUAAACAUACUAACUCUAAACCUUAGUGUCAUUAUUAGGGAUUAAGAUUAUGGACAUGUAUGUGUUUUCUCAUAUUGUGACAGUUUAUAUUAUUGUAGAAUAAACAUUUAUGCUGAUAUUCAAAUCAAGUUCAGAGAGCGGAUAGACUCCAUCAGACCUGCUGUUACAUCCUGUUUUAUUUUGUGUUUCCCUUUGAUCAUCUGAUUGGCAGGCCCUUGUGCUGACUUGUGGGCUGUGUCUAUAUUGGUAGUCGAGUGUUCAACUCUCUCUCUGCUGCAUCCAGUUUUUUGUGGUGUUUGGUAUCGUUUUUUAUUCAUUUAUUCGUAUUCAAAUAAACUUGCAUGCAGUAAGCUCUUC